AUGUCCGAGUCUAGAGCCCUUCUCAUCACCGGCGCCACCGGCCGACAAGGCGGCGCCGUAAUCGAUGCACUCCUCGCCAAGAACAGCGACGACUUUCUCAUUCUCGCCGUAACUCGCACCACCGACUCCCCAGCCGCGAGACGCCUCGCAGCCAAGUCAUCUUCAAUCAAGCUGGUGAAGGGAGAUUUGAAUGAUGUUCCAGCGCUGUUCAAAGCUGCCAAGGAUGCCGCAGGCUGGGUCCCUCUCUGGGGUGUCUACUCCGUCCAGGUGUUCUUCGCACCUGGCGCAUCCCUUGAGAGCGAGGUGCGCCAAGGAAAGGCCAUGAUCGACGAAUCCAUCAAGGCUGGAGUCCGCCACUUCGUCUACAGCAGCGUCGAGCGAGGUGGGGAUAAGAGAUCUUGGGAGAACCGGACGCCGGUCCCGCACUUCCAAACCAAGUAUGUGCUCGAGCACUAUCUUCUCGACCAGUUGAAGAAGACCAAGAGCACAAUGGAGUGGACGAUCGUCCGCCCUGGGAUGUUCAUGGACAAUCUCGAGCCCAUAUUCAACAUCAGGGCCUUCCUGACCAUGCUGCGCCAGAUCAUGGGGGAAAAGCCACUGCAAUGGGUUGCUUGCAAGGACAUUGGCAUUGCCGUCGCGGAAGCGUUCCAUGACCUGGAGGGCUGGAAGGGGAAGUCAACUGGUAUUGUGUCGGAAGUUCUCACCUAUUCCGAGGUCAGCAAGGCGUUCGAGAAUGCCACCGGAAAGCCAGCGCCGACAACCUGCGGGGUUGUUGGAAAACUCCUCAAGUAUGGAGUCCCUGGCACCCCCGAGUAUGGCACCAUGACAGUCUGGCUUGCCAAGGAGGGUUUCAACGCCGACGUGGAAGAGAACAGGAGGUUUAACCCAAAGCCUACGACUUUGGAGCAGUGGCUGCUUCAGAACUGGAAGGAAUAA